CCCCCCCCCCUGUCUCAACCCCUCCACUCAAUCCUCUCAAUUGAGCUCCUAUACCUACCGACAGCAAUGGCCUCAACUUUCGCCCGUCUGGCCGCCAGGAGUUUAACCUGCGCAAGGCCUUUGGCUGUCUCCUCACCGAUUCGCGCCGCUCGUGCUAUCCGGCCCUUUAAAUCAACCCAGAUAUCCAGUGCAGAGGCGGCGCCAUACCAAAGAACCACUUUGACCGAGCUAGAGCCAAAAAAUGAGACCACGGAUGAUUACUUGACGGAGGAUCCUAAUCAUGACCCGGUGCAUGGCAGGAAAAUGAGGCACUAUACCGUCAAUUUCGGUCCUCAACACCCGGCUGCUCACGGUGUGCUGCGAUUGAUUCUUGAAUUGAAUGGGGAGGAGAUCAUUCGUGCAGAUCCUCAUGUUGGACUUCUGCAUAGAGGUACAGAAAAGUUGAUUGAGUACAAGACGUAUCUUCAGGCUUUGCCAUACUUUGAUCGUUUGGAUUAUCGCUAA